AUAAGAGUUGGCAUGCAUCCAUUAUGCUACUGCAUCACUAUUUCAAACAGCUCCUCUCUAUAAUCGGUCCCAUUUUCUUUCUAGUGAUUACUUGGAACAAAGUCCCAAGAGGAACGUGCAUGGUAAUCUCUUGCCAGGAACAAUGUAACCAAGUUUUUGUAGAUUGCUUUGCUAUGCUAGGAAUUUCAACAUCCACUGAUUCCACUCCAACCUCGUUUGCCUGUUCAUUUGCGUGAUGGCAGCCAAUACAUCAACAACGACUAGUUCAUCGGGAGGAAUGGACAAACGGCUCCUGCAAGCAGCAACAUCCGGUGAUUCCACAUCAAUGAAGGCCAUGGCUUCACAGGAUCCAAGCGUUCUUCUCGGAAGAACUCCAUCGGGGAACACCUGCCUCCACAUAUCCUCCAUCCAUGGGCACCAAGAAUUCUGCAAGGAUGUAAUAACACUAGAGGAGUCCCUCCUCACGGCCGUAAACUCCGACAAGGAGACGCCUUUCCUUGCCGCCGUUGCAUGUGGCCGUGUCAACUUGGCCUCCGUCUUACUCCGGUGCUACCGUGUCCGCCGGUUGAACGAGGCGAUCCUGCAGGAGGACAAGGACGGAUGCAAUGUGCUGCACCAUGCGAUUCGUAGCAGCCACAGAGAGUUUGCAAUGGAGCUGAUAGCAGCAGAGCCUGCUCUAUCGAAAGGCGUGAACCAAUUCGAAGAGUCGCCCAUGUUCAUCGCGGCGAUGAGAGGAUUUGCUUAUGUUUGCGAGGAACUACUGCAGAUUCAUGAUUCUGCUCAUGUGGGAGAGUUAGGCUUCAAUGCUCUGCAUGCUGCCGUGGAAUAUGGUAGUCCAGUUAUUGCUAAAAGAAUUAUGGACAAACGUCCUGGCUUGGCUAGAGAAGGCAACAUGGAAGGGAGUACUCCGGUGACAAUGGCUGUAAUUCUUAAGAAGAUUGACGUGCUACGAGUACUGCUGGAACAUGAUUCUUCUUUAGGGUAUGAAGUCAACGAGAAGGGUUUUCCUCUCCUUAGUUAUGCGGCAUACCGAGGUCAUGUCGAUGUUGCUCGAGAACUUCUUAAGCAUUGUCCUGAUGCUCCUUAUCGCCAAGUAGGUGCUGAGGCUCAGACAUGCUUCCAUACUGCUGUAUGCUACAGUAACACGGAGUUCGUGGAAUUUAUCAUGAGCACACCGCAACUUCGAAAGCUCAUUAACAUACGAGACAAUAAAGGGAAAACUGCUCUACAUUAUGCAGUCCGUCAGUGCAGUCCUAAAAUAGUUGCUGCUCUGCUAUCUCACAAUGAUAUAGACACAACAAUGCUUGACAAAGGUCUUGUUUCCGCAACUCGGGAAUUGUCGGGUGUCAUGAAUGAAGCCAAAACUGUAAAUUGGAAUGAAGUGUGCAUGCUUAUGUUAAAAGCUAAUCCCCAAGAUAGCACCUCCAUUUAUAAUCUAAACGAGGAAGCCAAGAAACAUACAACCUUGGAGUCACGGAAGCAGGCGAAAUCACUAACGCAAACAUACACAACCAACACUUCGUUAGUAGCGAUCCUCAUUGUAACAAUCACCUUUGCCGCUGCCUUCACCCUGCCUGGAGGAUACAGCAAUGAUGCUGGAAAUGAGGGACUUCCAGUUAUGUCUAAGAAGUUUGCAUUUCAGGCAUUCUUGGUCUCUGACAUCUUAGCAAUGUGCUCAUCGUUUGUUGUUGCCUUCAUAUGCAUCAUAGCAAGGUGGGAGGAUUAUGAGUUCUUGAUUUAUUACAGAUCAUUUACUAAGAAGCUCAUGUGGUUUGCGUAUGUAGCAACAACUACUGCCUUUUCAACUGGUUUAUACACAGUAAUGGCCCAGCGUCUCCGCUGGUUGGCCAUUGCAACUUGCAUUCUGAUAGCUAUGUUGCCAAUUCUCACUAAGCUGCUGGGUGAAUGGCCAGUCUUGAAGCUCAGAUUUCGAUUGGGUAAAACCUAUAAGUCUGAUCUUCUUGAGAUGGUCUAACCCCAUCAAUUUUUUCUUAUUUUAAGUUUACCUGUAAUGAACAUUGUUUGGAUCCUCGUGUGGUACUGUAAUUCAGCAGAAGAAAUAUUGUACCCUUAAUUCUUGUAUUCCGUUCAA